AUGAGUGAGUGGUACAGGAUGAAGAACGGCUUCAAUAAGCAUAAUUCUUCCGAAUUGUCAGUGGAGACUUCUUCUGAAAUGUCAGAUUCAUACAACAUAUUUUCUGAUAAUUUAAGUCCUAUACCGGCUUCAAUAGUGCCUCGAAAGUUAGACUUUAGUGGUAUAGAAGAUGAUGAGUGCAUCAGAGACGGUUCUACGGCUCCAACAUCCCUUAGCCCUCCAUACAAAAGGGUUAGGGCUCUCAAAUUGUUCGACAGUCCACACACGCCCAAAACUCUGUUAGAGAAGUGUUCCACCCCCUCUCACCACCAGACCAGGUCACGGCUGUUUCCACCUAAACUGAACGCACCGACAGGCAUGCCAUCGGGCUCGAGCCACCACCUGCACCCGCCGUCCGACGAAGACUCAGCACUUGGAAGCUUACCACCCGACGAACUGGACGAGUCACGCCCGGUGCGACGACCGAUGGCCAACAUCAAUCCUUUUACGCCUGAUGGUCAAGCUCUAAAUAAGAAAAAGCGAGCGUUAUCAAAAACACCCACGUGGGGUGAUGCGACGCCGGAACAACCGGCGAAAAGAUUGCGAGAAUCAAACAUAUCCCGUUACAACAUCGAGUUCCUAGAGCUGGGUGUGAUUGGGCUCGGUCAGUUCGGUAGAGUGACCCGGUGCCUCAACAAGUUGGACGGCUGUGUGUACGCCCUGAAGCGCUCCCUGCGCCCUGUGGCGGGCUCCGCUGCUGAGAGGGCCGCCCUCAACGAGGUGUAUGCUCACGCCGCCCUCGGCAAACAUCCGCAUUUGGUCAGAUACUACUCGGCGUGGGCGGAAGAUGACCAUAUGAUCAUUCAGAAUGAAUACUGCGAUGGCGGCUCGUUACAGCAAGUGUUGGAGAACGGUCCGUUGCCGGAGAGUGAACUACUGCUGCUACUUGCCCACAUAGCUGAUGGACUUGCAUACAUCCAUUCGCAACAGUUAGUUCACAUGGAUGUUAAACCCGGGAACAUCUUCAUCUGUCGAGGGGAUGAAGCUCCUCUCGACUCGGACGACGGUUACGACGAUGAUGACGUGCUGCCAACUGCACAGCAUAAGUACAAGAUUGGUGAUCUAGGCCACGUGACCUGUAUAUCCUCGCCGUCGGUAGAAGAGGGCGAUUGCAGGUACUUGCCCAAGGAGGUGUUGCAGGAGGACUUCUCGCACUUGACCAAAGCAGAUAUAUUUGCAUUCGGUCUGACGUUAUUCGAGGCAGGUGGUGGUGGGUCUUUACCGAAGAACGGUCAGAAGUGGCACGACAUAAGGGAUGGCAAGUUGCCCGACUUACCCAACUUGUCAAGGGAAUUCAAUCAGCUUUUAAAGAAAAUGGUCGACCCGGACCCCAACCAGCGACCCUCCGCCCACCGUCUCAGACGACACCCGCUACUACAUCCGGCAGGCAACAAGAGCAAGGCACAGCUGAGGCGGGAGCUCGCUGCCGCCAAGCUGAAGAACGAGCUGCUCUCCAGGAAACUGCAGGAGGCUGCCAGAUGCAUAAAAUCGUUAACACCCAAUCUUGUAAAUCAAGAAUCAGCGAAGUUCCGCACGAGAUCUGCGAAAAGAUUACAAAAACCCAGAGUCGAUACGAAUAUAGUGGAAAUGCUACAAUCUGUCACAUCACCUAUAAGAAUACGAACGGACAGACGAAAAAAACAG